UGUUUUUGCUCAGAAGAACAGUAGAGCAGUCGACAUCUUUGAAUUCAGGUUCUGUCUUGUGCGUUAUGACAGUUUGGGGACUUUAAAAAGUCAUCUGUUACUGUUCAUAGCGACUUGACGACAUAGAGGACCACUGAAGUAUAUCUGGCUUUAAGUGAUUCGUGUUUUUUGGCCUUUUUUCAAAGAUGGGCAGUCAGUAUCAGCGCUCUGUACUGCUGGAGGUGAGGAGAGCCGAGGGAGAGAGAGUUCGUGCCAAACAUCCUGACAAGAUACCGAUUAUUGUGGAGAGGGCCCUGAGGUCACGGGCUCCUGAGCUCGACAAGAAGAAGUACCUUGUGCCCUCAGAUUUGACAGUGGGCCAGUUGUGCUUUCUGAUUCGGCAGCGUAUGUCACUGAAACCAGAGGAGGCGCUCUUCUUCUUUGUCAACAACUCCCUUCCUCCAUCCAGCUGUCCGCUCUCAACUGUAUAUGAGGAGCACCACGAGGAGGACCUGUUUCUCUACAUGACCUACAGCAACGAGAGUGUGUACGGUGCCUAAAGUGAAACAAAAGACUGAAAAAGGACUCAGAGGGAGAAUGAGAGUAGACAAACUGAGACUGGAACAACGUGUUGACAAGCAUUUGAGCUUUGCAACACUUCUGUAUUUUAGAUUUGACAUGUAUCUGCAGUUAAAGGUGGAAGGACUUUCUACAUGCCAUUAAAGGGUCUUUGGUUUUAACUGUUUUUUUAAGCUAAGCAUGAUGCAUUUCAAAACACUUCAGAUUUUGUGAAUUUAUUUGAUGGUGGGAUAAGAGGGUUUUAAAAGAAUUAAAGCAUUAUGUAAGGAAGUUAUCAAAAUAUUUUGAGGAAACUCUCAUUAUCUUUCUCAGUCAUUGUAUUUAAUGCAAAUAGUAUUGUUUUUUUUUUGUGUAACUUAUCUGAAUUUCUUUUGCGUAAAAUAAAGAAAAUUCAAAAUUUUA